CAAGCCAGUCUACACCAAUACUGCCCUCAGCGCUUGUCAAAAGCCGGUCUGUGCCCAGUAUCGAAAAUGUCACAGCACAUUCUCUUGUGCUACUACACAGUAAAUUAAAGUGCAUUUAUUAUCCGUCGUCUAACCACAUUUAGCCUGGAUUACCAGUGUUGAUUAUCGGUCAGUUAUUGAUUAAGCACAUCUCAUCGGGAUUGUUUGCACCUACAGAUGUUUCGUCCAUUAUAAUGCAAGAUGCAUGCUGAUGCUCGGAAGUGGCUGCUCGACUGCGUGUUACUCGUCCUUUUAACCUCCUCCACCUACUGAAAAUAGCCGUAAACAGCUGAAAAUCGUUGAUAUUUUGGGGUGAAGAAUGACUGAAUAUAAACUUGUGGUUGUGGGGGCUGGAGGCGUGGGCAAGAGCGCUCUCACCAUCCAACUCAUCCAGAACCACUUUGUGGACGAAUACGACCCAACCAUAGAGGACUCGUACAGGAAGCAGGUGGUGAUUGACGGAGAGACGUGUCUCCUGGACAUCUUGGACACUGCAGGUCAGGAGGAGUACAGCGCCAUGAGGGACCAGUACAUGAGGACAGGAGAGGGCUUCCUCUGUGUCUUCGCCAUCAAUAACACCAAGUCCUUUGAGGACAUUCACCACUACAGAGAGCAGAUAAAGCGAGUAAAGGACUCGGAGGAUGUCCCCAUGGUCCUGGUGGGGAAUAAGUGUGAUCUUCCUUCCCGCAGUGUGGACACCAAGCAGGCUCAGGAUUUAGCACGGAGCUACGGCAUCCCAUUUAUAGAGACCUCGGCAAAGACGAGACAGGGCGUGGACGACGCGUUUUAUACUCUAGUCCGAGAAAUUCGGAAGCACAAGGAGAAGAUGAGCAAGGAGGGCAAGAAGAAAAAGAAGAAAUCCAAAACAAAAUGUGUUUUAAUGUGAACAAGCCUUUCCUGUCAUUAUAGACUCGGAAAAAGAAAAGAAAAAAAGGUUCACAACUGCAUUUUGUACAUUACACUAAAUUAUUAGCCUGCUCCAAAUACAGAAUGGAUCCUUAAUUUUACUUGUUUUCUUAAAAGAAAUAAGCUUUACUUCUCGUUCGGUGCCAGUUGCCCCAAAGUGUUGGUCACCUUUAUGGCUUAUUUUAUCGGGUGGGCUUUAAAACUGGUGUUAUUUUGCAGUUGGUUUAGAGUAGUUUAGCAGGUUUCUAAAGAAAGGUGUGGAAUUGAAGACGAGACUUUGGUGUGCUGUAUGAGAGAGAUCUAGACGUGUAGCUGAAUUUUGCAUGUGUGUCACUUGAUUUUACAGGAACCGAAACAUUGAGGAAUUAGUUUUUUUUUUUUAGGACCAACACUUUCAGAGGGAGUUUUGAUGCAUUAUCACUGUGUAUGACCCUGCCUUUGUAUGUCCCAGACUUCCAAAAACAACCUGCAUGUGAACUUCCAUUGUAGUCGGAUUAACGCGCCCUCUCUCGAAAGCCAUGGUUAUAUGUGUGUGUGUGUGUGUAUAUGGUGAAAUCUUAACCUUAUUUCCCUGUUUGCAUGCUGUGUUCUGUUCUGUAAACUCCCAGGGAACGGUAAUGCGUUGAAUACUGUAUAAUAGCCACUGCUGUGUAGAAAGGAUGUUCUCAGUUGGUCCAAACAGGCGCUACGGUUUCAACAAGGCCAUUGUGAUCUUUUCAGUUAAAUUCAUGAAGGUUUAUAUACAAGUCAAAAUCUGGUAAGAAGAAAAUGAUCAUCUUAAGCAACGAAACCAAAUUUUUUUUUUUAAAUAUAUAAUUUAAUUUUUUAAAGGACUGAGAAGAUGGUGAUCUGCAUUUUAAUAAAAGCCAACUGUCAGCUUCAGGGAGUGAAGAACAAAUGUAUACUCGCAUCUGUUCUGUUUUAGGUAUAUGUUAGGUUUCUGACAGACGGCGUGUUUUAGCCGCGCGGUCCACAUUUUCUUUCUGGAAGGCGAUAACCGUCAAAACGUUUGUGUGUAGGUACAUUUUUUUUUAGGAAAUGUGUGCACUCCCUGAACCUCUGCUAGCUUCUCCUACAUUCUUCCACCGAAUGUUCUGCACGUUAUUUUUGACGGACAAAUCGUUAAAUUCAGCUGUCGUAAAUGAAUCGACUUUUGAAAACCAAAUUGUCUCUUAUAACACAAAUCUUUUAUUUAAUCCCAUGAGAAAAAAAUGCAGAUCCUGUUGUAAGUAAUAUUGAUACAUCUCUUUUUUAAACCGUUUUUGCAUUACUCCCCCUUAGCAGAUUUUGACUAAAAUAUAAAGCUGCAGCCGGCCAAUCAGAAUCCAGUAUUCCAGGGAGUGCGUAAUAAUUCGAAUCUCUUUUCUGUAACGUUCUACGCUCGCGAACGCCUCACUUCUGCACUCAGAGGAGGAUUUUUAUGACGUAUGAAUAUUAACCCUCUUGUGCCCAGCCAAACAGCGCCUUAGAAGUCCGAGUAAUUAAUUACAUUGAAUUGUUUUUGCUAAAUUUUGAUUAGUGAAUAUAACCUACUGUACAACUAGUUGUUGUGAUGCAAAUAUAUGUUUAUAUAUUUAAAAAAAGACAACAAAUGCCUUGUUUGUUUAUGCUGCCAUCAACUAUCAAGACCUUAUAGUUCUAGAAGCCCAAUUCUAGUCGAAUCGAAACUGAACGCAUACAUUUCCAAGAGUCAGUUGUGUACUAUGGUAAAACGUGGCUAGCUUAACUCUGGAGGGCACAUUUUCAGCCAUCACUCAAACCAAAGAGAGUGAUCGAAAGAUUUAUUUUGUGUGGCAAUACUUGAUGUCAUGAGAUGAUGUCAUUUGUGGGAUAUUUUCGAUAUAAGAGCAAAAUGUUGCUUUAAAACCGUCGGUGAGCUGUUUUACCAUGCAUCCUUAACUAUUACUAGUUUGUUUUUUCUAAUAAUUGUUUCUAUAUCACAGUUUGACUAAUACAGAGAAAUCUAAACCGGAAAUAAAUCAGGACGUCCGCUCUUAUGCAAAGUUUAAAGUGUUUUGGGUGAUUUCUGUUCCCUUUAAAACCAUUUAGCCUACUAGCCGUCUGUAACGCGAGUAGCGAAGUCAUUAGAUAUUUUUUGAAUCGUUUCUGAAAUGUUUUCUGUCUGUUUGUGUGCCAAUUGCAAAUGUUGAUAAAAUGGUUCACCUGAACAUGGACCUUGUUUUAACAGCCUUUGUACGGUUGUGAUAAGAAAGAUGACUAUUUUGUAAAUUGUGCUUAUUUUUUUUGGUUUAAUGAAUUGAAUGACGCUUAAUUGUAAUGAAGGGUCACGUGUUCACGUAUAUGAGAAAGUGCCGAUCUGAGGUCGUCUUUCACAUCUGUCAUGUUUUGGUGAAUUUGAUUAUUAAGAUGAGGCAAGCUGUUCUCAGAUCUGCACGGUUUUAUAAAUGCAUUAAUCUCAUCAGUCUUAUUUAAUGUGUAAUUAAAAGAAAUACAUAAACCCCA